AUGGCAUCAGGUGAUCAUGAAAAAAAUAAACAUCAUACAGAAUCAGAUUCUGAUGAUGACCGUGUUACAGGACUUGGCUAUAAGGCACCACAAAAAAUGGAUAUUGGUUCAAUUGUUGCUAAAGAUGAAGAUGAUGAAUCAUUAGCACGUUAUAAAAAACUUCUAUUAGGAAAUACAAGUGAUGGUAAACAAGUACAAAAAAUAAUAAUUGAACCUGAUGAUUCCCGUACUGUUAUACCAAUACGUAUAACACUUUUAUUUGAAAAUCAUAAACCAGAUGUAAUAUUUGAUUUAAAAGGUUCUAUAGAACAUAUACGAGAUUUACAUUCAAAACGUACAAUAACAGUUAAAGAAGGUGAACAGUAUCGAACACAAUUAGAAUAUUAUGUACAACGAGAUAUUGUUACUGGAUUAAAAUUAAUAAAUAAAGUAUUAAAAGCACGAACAAUAACAGUUGAUAAAUCGAAAUAUAUGAUUGGUUCACGAGCACCAAGUUCAGACAUUCAAACAUAUGUUAGCGAGAUUGAACAAGCACCAAGUGGCAUGUUAUCACGUGGUUCAUUCCUAGUUAAAUCGAAAUUACUUGAUGAUGAUAAAAAUGUUUAUGCUGAAUGGGAAUGGAAUCUUGUUAUUGCAAAAGAUUGGCAAUAG